UCCUGUCUGGUUCAGAGAGAGUUGGGACUACAACCCAGGAGUCCCUGCCUUGGGCUUUGGGAUUCUUGCUCCUUGGCGGCUAAGUAGCGGCCCAAGAGAGGAAGCUGAGACUCAGAGGUGGGACUGAAACCGGGCAACCAGGGUUUCCCAGGGGCCAGGCCACUGCCCUUGUUGGAAUGGCUCCGGGCCAGGAGGAGGGGGCUGCCCACAGAGCGGGAGCCAGGCUGGGUCGCGCUUCUUCAGUCCUGCAGAGUGUUCUUAAGCAGAAGUGACCCCCAGAGAGAGGAAUCCCCGAUUCUGGGCCUGCGGGGCAAGUCCACCGGCUUCCCCUCGAGCGCCAGGGAGGGUGCAGGCAAGGCGGGAGGCGGGCGCUCGGGGGUGCGGCCCUCGGCUCCUGGGGGGCGCCUCGGAGGGGCUGGCUGGCCUUCUGCUUCUCGCUCUGCAGACCGCCGGGCGGAUGGCGGGGCGACUGGCUGUAGCCGGGAUCUGGAUCGGGCCCGGGGUGCUGCUGGCUCUGCGUGCUCUGCUGGCCGCUGCGCACCCGCAGUGCCUGGACUUCAGGCCGCCCUUCCGGCCGCCGCAGCCGCUGAGCUUCUGCGUGCAGUACUCCUCCUUCGGCUGCUGCACCGCGGAGCAGGACGCGGCGCUGGCCCGGCGCUUCCGGGCCCUGGAGACCCGCUUGGACGCCGGGGUGUGGGCGACGUGUGCCGGCUACGCGCUGGAUCUGCUGUGCCAGGAAUGCUCACCCUAUGCAGCCCACCUUUAUGAUGCCGAGGAUCCGGCCACCCCGCUGCGGACAGUGCCUGGCCUAUGUGAGGAUUAUUGCCUGGACAUGUGGCAGACCUGCCGAGGCCUCUUUCGACACCUCUCCCCUGACCGUGAGCUCUGGGCCCUGGAGAACCACAGGGCUAAGUUGUGCCGCUACCUGUCCCUAGAUGACACCGAUUACUGUUUCCCAAGCCUGCUUGUUAACGAGAACCUGAACUCAAACCUGGGCCGUGUGGUGGCUGAUGCCAAAGGCUGCCUGCAGCUCUGUCUGGAGGAGGUGGCCAAUGGGCUUCGAAACCCCGUUGCCAUGGUACACGCUGGGGAUGGCAGCCACCGCUUCUUCGUGGCAGAGCAGGUGGGGCUGGUGUGGACCUACCUGCCUGACCUCUCUCGCUUGGAGAAGCCCUUCCUGAAUGUGAGCCAAGCAGUGCUUACAUCACCCUGGGAAGGGGAUGAGAGGGGCUUCCUGGGCCUCGCCUUCCACCCCCACUUCCCACAUCCCAGCAAGCUCUAUGUCUACUACUCUGUGGGGGUCGGCUUCCGAGAGUGGAUCCGUAUCAGCGAGUUCAGAGUCUCAGAGGAUGAUGAGAACACCGUGGAUCAUGGCUCAGAGAGGAUAAUCCUGGAGAUUGAAGAACCAGCUGCCAAUCACAAUGGGGGCCAGCUGCUCUUUGGGGAUGACGGCUACCUCUACAUCUUUACCGGAGAUGGCGGGAUGGCCGGAGACCCCUUUGGGACGUUUGGAAAUGCACAGAACAAGUCGGCGCUGCUGGGCAAGGUGCUGCGCAUCGACGUGGACCGCAAGGAGCGCGGCCUCCCCUACGGCAUACCGCCCGACAACCCGUUUGUGGACGACCCCGGCGCGCGGCCCGAGGUCUACGCCCUGGGCGUGCGCAACAUGUGGCGCUGCUCCUUCGACCGCGGAGACCCGGGGUCAGGCACUGGCCGCGGCCGCCUGUUCUGCGGGGACGUGGGCCAGAACAAGUACGAGGAGGUGGACCUGGUGGAGCGGGGCCGCAACUACGGCUGGCGUGCUCGCGAGGGCUUCGAGUGUUACGACCGCAAGCUGUGUGCCAACGCCUCCCUCGAUGAUGUGCUGCCGAUUUUCGCCUACCCUCACAAGCUGGGCAAAUCAGUCACUGGGGGCUAUGUGUACCGGGGCUGCGAGUACCCCAACCUCAACGGCCUCUACAUUUUUGGUGAUUUCAUGAGCGGGCGACUGAUGUCCCUCCGAGAGAACCCAGAGACAGGCCAGUGGAAGUACAGUGAGGUCUGCAUGGGCCGUGGACAGACAUGCGCUUUCCCAGGCCUCAUAAACAACUACUAUCCAUAUAUCAUCUCCUUUGCAGAGGACGAGGCUGGGGAGCUGUACUUCAUGUCCACGGGUGUGCCCAGUGCCACAGCUGCACGCGGAGUCAUCUACAAAGUGAUAGACCCCUCCAGACGGGCACCUCCAGGGAAGUGUAAGAUACACCCUGCUCAGGUGAAGGUGAAGAGCCGCCUCAUCCCCUUUGUGCCCAAGGAAAAGUUCAUCCGGACGCCAGAGAGCAUUCCUCGCCCCACGGCCCGUGCCCCCACCAAAGCGCCCCGCCGCAGGCGCCCCACCGCCGCUCCCCCGGCGCCUACCAUACGGCCCACAAAGCCCGCACGGCCCAGCCGGCGACCAGGGGCCCGGAAGGGGGGCGGGCGACGGCGGGGACGUCCGAGUACCGCAGUCCCUGCGCCCCAGAAUGGCUCGGUGCGCCUGGUACGACCCGCUGGCCUGAGCCCUGGCCGUGGGCGCGUGGAAGUGUUUGUAGGAGGACACUGGGGUACAGUGUGCGAUGACGCCUGGGACACCAAGGCGGCUGCAGUGGUGUGUCGCCAGCUGGGCUUUGCGCACGCCGUGCGAGCGGCCAAGCGUGCAGAGUUUGGCGAGGGCCGUGCGCUACCGAUUUUGCUGGACGACGUGCGCUGCACUGGCAGCGAACGCAACCUGCUGGAGUGCGCGCACGCUGGCGUGGGCACGCAUAAUUGCAAGCACGAAGAGGAUGCUGGCGUCGAGUGCAGCCACCAAGACCCGGACCUAUAGCUGUGCCACUCUGCAAGAACGGAGCCUGGAAUGGCCCGUUCGGCUUGCAGGCAUGCUGUAAGGUGGUUCAUCUGCACGUGACCUCUGUGUCCCCGUGUGUCGUGUGUCAUGUCGUGUGUGUGUGUGUGUGUGUGUGUGUGUGUGUGUGUUGUAUAAGAUUUCUUACCUCUCAACACUUCAGAGAGCGAGGGCAGUGACUCUUCAGGAACUGCACGGGGUCGGGGAGGCUGACAGGCUCCAGACCAGCAGGAGCGUGGACUGAGAAAUACGGUCAGAGUGUAGGCAGGUGACCCAGCAGUUUGAGGCGCCUCAGAAAAAGAACAGGCAGUCUGAGAGCCACAAAGAAGGAUCUUAUGGGGUCAGGGGACCUGUGGCCAUUUGCAGCCCACCAGGGACCAGGCUGCUGAAAGGAAUCAAGCGCCCAUAACAGAAGGCAGACCAGAGGGUCUGGAGGCCCUCGAAAGCCGCCCUGCAAGCACUCUGGAGAGGCUCCUAGGUCCCCUCCGUCCCUGAAGCCUGACCCUCACCUCUUCCUGAGACAGAAGUACCCCUAGGCUCGCACUUGGUCCCUUCAGCCUCUGGGCUCCAGCUGGGGACGGUGUGUAUGUGGGGGGGGGGUGUGGGGUGAGGG